AUGAAGACUGUUCUUCCCAUUGCCUUCGCACUAUUCAGUGCUGCCAUUGCUGCACCAAUUCAGCCACAGAGCGCUGACAGCAGCAAGCGUUCUGAGGCUGAAAGCCCCGAUAUUCUGUACAACAACGGAGCCGGUUGGGGGAAGCGUUCUGAAGCUGAAAGCCCCGAUAUUUUGUACAACAACCAAGCCGGUUGGGGGAAGCGUUCCGAGGCUGAAAGCCCCGAUAUUCUGUACAACAACCAAGCCGGUUGGGGGAAGCGUUCUGAAGCUGAAAGCCCCGAUAUUCUGUACAACAACCAAGCCGGUUGGGGGAAGCGUUCUGAAGCUGAAAGCCCCGAUAUUCUGUACAACAACCAAGCCGGUUGGGGGAAGCGUUCUGAAGCUGAAAGCCCCGAUAUUCUGUACAACAACGGAGCCGGUUGGGGGAAGCGUUCCGAGGCUGAAAGCCCCGAUAUUCUGUACAACAACGGAGCCGGUUGGGGGAAGCGUUCUGAAGCUGAAAGCCCCGAUAUUCUGUACAACAACGGAGCCGGUUGGGGGAAGCGUUCCGAGGCUGAAAGCCCCGAUAUUCUGUACAACAACGGAGCCGGUUGGGGGAAGCGUUCUGAAGCUGAAAGCCCCGAUAUUCUGUACAACAACCAAGCCGGUUGGGGGAAGCGUUCUGAGGCUUAA